CCUGUCACACACUGUCACACGGAGUGGACCGUCAGACAACAUGAAAGGCCUGGUCUGGUUGGCGUUGGUGUUUGUGGCUGCGGCUGAAGCUGAGAGAUUUUUCAAUGGAGAUCAGGUCAUUAGGGUCAAUGUAAGGUCUGAGGAAGAGAUCCGACUCCUGCGGGCUCUGGAGACGAAAGAGGAGUGGGAGCUGGACUUUUGGCUCCACCCUGUCUCCACUGAGCUUCCUGUUGACAUCCGAGUCCCAUAUGCCAGUUUGAGCUCUGUGAAGGAGCACCUUCAAGCCCACUCCAUCCCCUUCACUGUCAUGAUUGACAACCUCCAGGAUGUUCUCGAUGAGGAGAAGACUGAGAUGGAGAAGAACAAGAUGCAGGAGCGCAACACCAGAAGCUUCAACUUUGGGGCCUAUCAUUCUCUUGAGACAAUCUACAGCUGGAUGGACGACCUGGUGGCUCGGCACCCUGAUCUGGUCACCAAGCAGGAAAUUGGGAGGUCCUAUGAGAACAGGCCUAUGUAUGUGCUCAAGUUCAGCACUGGUGGCUCCAAGCGUCCUGCCAUCUGGAUUGACACAGGAAUUCACUCCAGAGAGUGGGUGUCUCAGGCCACUGGAGUGUGGACAGCCAACAAGAUUGCCACUGACUACUUUAAGGACGUCUCUGUGACUUCUCUUCUGAACAACAUGGAUAUUUACAUGCUGAUCCUGGCCAACCCUGACGGCUACGCUUACACCCACUCUGCAGACCGCAUGUGGCGUAAGACCCGCUCCAGGAACUCGGGCUCAUUGUGUCGUGGUGUAGAUCCCAACAGGAACUGGGAUGCUGGCUUUGCUGGUCCUGGUGCCAGUAGGAACCCCUGCUCCGAUUCCUACCACGGCCCCUCGGCUCACUCUGAGAUCGAGGUUAAAAACGUGGUGAACUUCGUCAAGAGUCACGGCAACUUUAAGUCUUUCAUCUCUGUGCACGCCUACUCGCAGCUGCUCAUGUACCCCUAUGGUUAUUCCUGUCACAACGUGCCCCAUCAGCGUGAGCUGGACUCGGUUGGCAGAGCUGCUGUACAGAAACUCACUUCUCUCUAUGGCACCAGGUACAAAGUUGGAAGCAUCUGCAACAUCAUCUAUCAAGCCAGUGGUGGCAGCAUUGACUGGUCCUACAAUCUGGGCAUCAAAUACUCAUUUGCCUUUGAGCUGAGGGACACCGGUCGCUAUGGUUUCGUACUGCCAUCUAAUCAGAUCAUUCCAACUGCUACUGAGACCUGGCUGGGCCUUAAACAUAUCAUGGAGUACGUCCGUGACCAUCCUUAUUGAUGAUUAAGAGAUGAAUAAGCAUGGGUGGACUUUUGUCAAAAAUAUGUUCCCAUAAGACUGUACUGCAUUCUCAUUAAUAUUUCAUAAGACAUAAAUGAUUUAUCUCAUUGUUGUGCUCAUAAUGCUUUGAGGAAAUUAAGGUGAUGACAACCAUUUCCUGGAUAAGAAUAUGGUCAUGCACAGUGAGCAACACAUGCAUUACAGUAUGUUAGUAAAUGGAAGGAACUGGUUAUCAUCGCCUUCAUGAUGAUAACCAUUUCCUGGAUAUGAAUGUGAUAAGGCACAGUGGUUAAGUCAUGGUUUUUCUAUUUUCUAUUUUUCUAAUAGUAUCAACAUUCUAUAAACAUACACAUAUAAUUAUGUUUCUAUCAUUUAAAAAAAAAUGCAGAUAAGUUGUGUGGUAAUGUGUUUUUGUGAGACAUGGUUGCUUCCUCCUCAGAUUUACGGUAUCUUACUUUAAGACUGACCAAUAAAGUCACAUAUACCAA